AUGCAGUUCCCCGCUACCGCAGCACCUACAUGUACUUCCGUUAUUCCAGGCGCUUCCAUCAAUGGGAACUAUAUUCCCUUCCCCAAUUCCAACCCCAACGUCUAUGAACCCCCUAGCUCCGAUUUGUUGCAACAACAACAUUAUCAACAAUAUCUCAAUGUCGGAGGAACGCGAAAGAUGCGUAAGAGGAAAUCCGAGUCUCAGGACAAUGAAAGACUAUCCAAGAGACUAAGUCUUCUCAAUCUCGAACAAAAUGGCCAGAAGCUCUACGUCCCAGUCGAGAGCCCCAAGCUCAAGCCGGCUGAAUGUACCUCGCUGGCCCAGAUUCCCGAAAACGAUAGCAUGCAGCUUGACGACUCGAAACACAAGGUGUACAUCUAUAACCUGGACGACGAGCUCUCAGACACCGAGUCUGAGUCCGACGGCCGCCUUGUCUUUAUACCCGACAUUGAGAAGCAUCUCAUGCAGAACCGCAUCCCGCCCUUAGUACUAGCUAAUAAGGACGGCGAGAUUGCCGGCAUGCAAUUAGUUUUAUACAGAGAACCCACCUCCUUAACUAUACCCGAGGAGCAGGAUAGCGUGAGGAGAGCCAUCAUUGAAGCGAGACAAAGGGCCAGAGACAAGCAAAAAGAGGAUCUUGAACAACAAGCUGCACCUCCGUCGUACCAGCCUACUAUACCUGCCCCAUCCACGUUUAACGCGCCAAGUACGCCGAUUACUAUGAAUGGAUUUAUGAACCAGAAUGGGACCGAAUUCCCCCCUAACGACGACCCGGAUGCAAUGGAGGUGGACUGA